GAGUAAUGCUAUGAAAGUUUUAGCUAACUUAGUCGGAUGGGAUAUCAGGAACAAGUAAGUUUUAUUCCCUUUCUACUUGUUUUUACAUUUUCUACUUCAAUUCCCUUUCUUAUUGCUUUCUAUAGUCUAUGCUUAAUCAGUUGUUUUCUAUAACUAUUGGAAAAAACUCACCAAAGACAAUAAUCUAUGUGAUUGCUUUUUCACUAUGGAUACUCUUGAAUUGAGGAAGGAAUUUGUGCAGAUUGUUUUAAGUACCAAUAGUUCUUAGUAGAACUUUCAAUAUUUAAUGCUUUUAUAAUUUAGUAAAACAAGAUCAUGUGAACAUUGUUUACUUUACUCAUGCAUUGAGUUGUUUAUGUUCCUUUAUUGGUUUUAUUACUAUCAGCAUUGUGUUUGUUAUGUUUGAUACAAUGGCUUUUGCAGUUUGUAAUUAAAUUGGUUAAUCAUAUUCUAAUUGAUAAUCAAUUCCACUUUUUAAACCUCAAAUGCACUAUACAAUUCAUGUUCCUAUUUGAUUUUGCUACUGGUUUUUUCAUUAUGCAUAAUGUCAUUUCGUUUAUGAUUUAUUCGAUUAUGAAGAGUACUGAUUCUGCUAUUGCAUAUAUUUUAAUUCUGGUGCUGAAACAGUUUAAUAUAAGUAUUGUACAACACAAUCUCGAUGGUUAAUGCUACCAAAAUGAUUUAAGAUCUAUGAGUCUAAUUUCUGUUGUUGAAGCUUACAUGUGCACAAUUAAAAUCUAUGAAUGGCUUCAUGAACAAGUGGUUAAUCGAGUUGGUUAAAUGACAUAUUUUAGUGUAAGAUAUUUUAGAUGCAGGAUGUUCAAAUUUCUUGACAACAACAUCACUUUCUUCAAGUUUGUUUGCUGAAAAAUUCUUUCCACCAAGACGAACUCCGCGUUUUCUCCUUCACAAUCACUGUAGAAUUAUUUUUUGUUGGCAACAAUAAUAUGAAGUCUUCUAUAACAAUUCAAGAUAAUUAAGACUGAUAUUUUCUGUAAGAGAAUGUAUUAUCGCAGUUCUGUUUCUACUAUUGUAUGCAUUUUUUUAAAACUUUAACAAUUUCAGAGACAAACCCGAACCUGCGAGAUUCAGAGGCAUACUUGGAAUAGGAAUCUGCCUGUUUCGGACUGUGAAAAGCUUCAACUUUUGCAACUAACAAAGCCAAUUAAAAGCAUGAGUUUCCUGCAUAAUUGAAUCUUAUUAAGGAUGGUUACAGUACAACGAAAAGCAAUUUAGAAUAGAGGGUGUGAUACAUUAAUAGGUACUUUAAGGUAGUUUUAUGUAUGUUUCAAUUGUUUGUCUUCAUUAGAUGUUUUUUUCUCUCUAUCUAAGUGGAGUGUGUGCACAAAUUAAUAUAGACCGUCUACAAAUUCUAGCCACAAUGCUUUAAUAGUUUAGCUAUGAACACCAAUUUUCACAUUGGAGUUGUUUUUGGUCUGUCUCGGCUUGGUUUUGGUUGUUAUUGACGAGUUGCAGUAGUGGCAAAGCGUUUAUUUCGGUUUGCUCGGUUUCGGUAGAGGCUGAUUUUUGUAGCAGAUGUUGUUUAGAUGUAUGGUGUUAUGAAUUUUCACUUUAGCCUAAAUUGUAUAUCUACAAUAUUAAUACUGUGUAGCUUUUCCUUUUGAUUGAGGGUCUGCAGUUUUCAUUUGUUUUAGCAGGUUAUCUUAUUUAUGUUCUCUAGUGUAUAACUUUGUAACUAUAGACAUUGCUUAUGCAUUAUUUUAUUUAAUUGAAGUUUUUACCUUUUGCUCUUUCAAAAAUAAAAAAUAGUUUAGCUAGACACUUUUUGAAAAUAACCAAGAGUUCAAAAUAAUAGUGCAAGAGUUCAAGUUGAUAACGAAACACUUUUUGAAAAAAUUUCCCAUUAUUUUAUUCCUGGAAAAGUUAUUUCAGGGAAUAAUUUUUACAUCCAUGAAACAAAGACACCCUAGUUUUGUGUGGUUCUUACGAGUCACCCUCCUUUCAAGACUUUCCUUCUUACAAUCUGCAGUAUAUUAAUCCGUCUUCCUUCACAGUUCACACUAGUAUAUUACUACUUUUUAUUUGUUGCAUUUUCAAUUCGUGUAUCAUAAAUUGAAUACGUUACUCACAACUAGUUUCUUUCUCUAGCAAGCUUGUUUGUCUUUUUCCAAUUUGAUGCAAGGAGGUGAAGCUUCCAAUUCUUCCAUGGAUUAUAGCCACAAUCAGAGCUGUAGAUAUGAUGUGUUUAUCAGUUUCAGAGGUCCUGACACACGCAACAACUUUGUCGACCAUCUUUAUGAUCAUCUAACUAGGAAGGGCAUUUUUGCCUUCAAGGACGAUAAAAGGCUUGAAAAAGGAGAAUCCCUUUCCCCGCAACUUCUACAAGCAAUUAAAAAUUCACGGAUUUCUAUUGUUGUCUUCUCCGAAAGAUAUGCCGAGUCUACAUGGUGUUUGGAAGAGAUGGCUACUAUUGCUGAAUGCCGUAUAGAAUUCAAUCAAAAAGUAUUUCCUGUUUUUUAUGAUGUCGAUCCAUCUCAUGUACGAAAACAAAUUGGGGUGUACCAGAACUCUUUUAAUUUCGACAGGAUGAGUUCCAAACAUGGUUGGAAUAAGGCUAUGAGAUGGGUGAAUGCUAUGAGAGUUUUAGCUAACUUAGUCGGUUGGGAUGUCAGGAACAAGCCAGAGUCUACAGAGAUUGAAACAAUUGUUCAAGCAGUAAUAAAGUCUUUGAAUCAUAAAUUCUCAGGGUUUAGCAGCGAUCUUGUUGGGAUGCAACCUCGCAUAGAAGAAUUAGAAAAGCUUCUAAGAUUGAGCUCAAAGGAUGACGACUUCCGAGUAUUGGGAAUUUGGGGGAUGGGUGGAGUAGGGAAGACAACUCAUGCUGCUGUUUUGUAUGAUAGAAUCUCUUAUCAGUUUGAUGCUUGUUGUUUUAUUAAUAACAUAAGCAAACUUUAUAUGGAUGGUGGUGGUGUUGCUGUACAAAAACAGAUUCUUCGUCAAGCUCUAGAUGAAAGAAAUCUAGACUCAUACGAUACUGGUGAGAUAGCUGGGAUUAUGAUAAAUAGACUUCAGGGUGGCAUUAAGGUCCUUCUAGUUCUUGACAAUGUUGAUCAGUAUGAACAAUUGGAGGAAUUGGCUAUAGAUCCUAAGUUGCUUUGCAAAGAAAGUAGAAUAAUCAUAACUACAAGGGACGAGCAUAUUCUAAGAGUGUAUGGGGUGGAUAAAAUUCACAAAGUUCCGCUGUUGAAUAGUAAUGAUGCUUCUGAACUUUUUAGUAGAAGAGCCUUCAGAGGUGAAGAACGAAGCAACAAUUGUAUUGAAUUGAUUCCAGAGAUACUAAAAUAUGCUCAAAAUCUUCCAUUAGCAAUUAAAGUAGUGGGCUCUUUCUUGUGUACCCGAGAUGCAACUCAGUGGAGAGAUGCUUUGAAUAGAUUGAAGAACAAUCCAGACAAUAAAAUUAUGGACGUGCUCCAGAUGAGUGUUGAUGGACUAGAACAUGAGGAGAAGGAAAUAUUUCUCCACAUUGCUUGUUUUUUUAAAGGGGAGAGGGAAGAUUAUGUAAAGAGAAUUCUAGAUGCAUGUGGAUUAUACCCUCACAUUGGUAUUCAGAGAGUCAUUGAGAAGUCACUCAUUACGAUUAAAAACCAAGAAAUUCAUAUGCAUGAUAUGUUACAAGAACUUGGGAAGAAAAUCGUCCGGCACCGAUUUCUCGGAGACCCAACAUCAUGGAGUAGAUUAUGGCAAUACCAUGAUUUCUAUCAAGUCUUGACAACAGAAACGGGAACAAACAAUGUUAAAGCUAUAGUUCUGGAUCAAAAGGAAAGUUUCUCCAAAUGCAGGGCUGAAGGAUUUUUAAAUAUGAGCAACCUUGCACUUCUCAUAUUGUAUCAUAAUAAUUUUUCAGGAAGUUUGGAUUUUCUUUCCAACAACUUGCGAUAUCUUUUGUGGCAUGGAUACCCUUUUACUUCUUUGCCGUCAAAUUUUGAGCCAUAUUAUAUUGUGGAAUUGAAUAUGCCUCAUAGUAACAUUCAGUGGCUGUGGGAAGGUCGCAAGGAACUACCUAAUUUGAAAAGGAUGGAUUUGAGCAACUCCAAAAAUCUUAUAGAGACACCAAAGUUUUUUUGGACCCCAAAACUGGAGCGGCUAGAUUUUACAGGAUGCACAAACUUAAUACAGGUCCAUCCAUCAAUUGGACAUCUUACAGAACUUGUUUUCUUAUGUUUGCAAAACUGCAGCAGUUUGGCCAACCUUGAUUUUGGUAGUGUAUCAAGAUUAAAUUCUCUGAGAGUUCUGCGCCUUUCCGGUUGUACGAAACUUGAAAAGACGCCUGAUUUAACUGGGGCAUCAGUCCUUGAAUACCUUGAUAUGGAUGAAUGUACAACUUUAUCCAAAGUUCAUGAAUCCAUUGGGGAUUUGACAAAGCUUAAAUUCUUGAGUUUGAGAAACUGCACAAAUCUGGUUGAAAUGCCUGAUUGGAUUAAGAGGAUGGCGUCCCUUGUAACUCUAGAUUUUUGCGGUUGCUCGAGUCUUACAAUUCUACCCUUGAAAUGGACUCAUACUGAUCAUAUGAGUUCUUUGAUUUUUCUAGAUUUAAGCUUUUGCAAUCUUCAUGAAGUACCAGAUACUAUUGGAACGUUACAUACGUUAGAAAGACUAAAUCUACAAGGAAACAAGUUUCGUUCACUACCUGAUGAUUUCUUUGGUCUUGAUAACCUAGCAUAUGUAAACUUAUCUCAUUGCCAUGAGCUUGAAAGUAAUGAGCUCCUAUUUUCACAAAGUGUUUCACAAAGUGCUUCAAAAAGUGCUUCUUCUGGAGGAAGAUAUUUUAGCAUAGUAGCGGGAUCUCGUGAUCAUAGGUCAGGAUUUUAUAUAUUUGACUGCCCUAAGUUCAUUGUUAAAUCCAAAUACCAAUCCAUAGAAUGUUCAUGGUUACAAAGACUACUUCAGGGUCCCCAUCACUUCCGGGGUGGCUUUGACAUUGUUGUUCCUUGGGAUUGGGAAAACAUUUAUUUUCCGUCAAGUUGUUGCAUUCCAAAAUGGUUCAAUUACACAUUUGAUAGUGAUUCAAUAAUAAGGAUAGUAGAGUUUGGUGAGUUUGAUAAGAAGUUUGGCUUUGUCUUCUGUGUGGCAUUUGAGGUAAACAAUUGUCCUGCAAAUUCUGGUUCGGCACAGGAUUCAUUUUCCUCAGCACUCCCACAUCCCUUAUAUCUUUCUUUUGAAAGUGAACACACAGAGGAAUGCUUUGUUUUGCCGCUCAGUUUGGAACUGCACAAAAUUGAUGGCUCCAGACAUCUUUGGCUAAUCUAUAUCUCUCAAGAGCACUGCCAUUUUUUAAAAACUGGAGCACAUAUCACAUUUAAAGCCUGCCCAGGUUUGUCAAUAAAGAAAUGGGGAUUACGUUCGUUAAUCAAGGAUCAAUUAUCAUAUCAUGUCCCUAGCUUCUGGGAACACUUACCAGACACUGAUGCGCCCCAACUUUUCUUUGAUCAUGUACAAAAAACCAGCAUGAAGUCUGGAACUAAAAUCCAACUUCCUUACAAUUGGUUGUUUACUGAAGAGGAAGUAGUUGAGAAUUCUGGAGCAAAGUCAAAAGAAACUGCUCUUUCUAAUCUGGGCCUUUAGAUAUGCCAACCACGGCCAAAACGCGCAACACAUUCUGAGAGCCUUGAGUAUAGGACAUCUAUAUUUUGCACUACAAGUUUGUCCAGUGAAUAUGUCUGAUUAUUUGAAGUAAAGGUUCUGGCAUGAAGCUUAUCAGGUGAAUGAAUCCAUGAUAGGUACUGUUAUUCUAUGUUUGUUGAGGAUGAUUGUUGUUAUCAGUUGCAACUUGGGAAUCUCUUCAUCUUCGCAAAUUUAGAAUGUGAUGGUAAAAGUUUAUGUAAGACCUCUUACAGAAAAUGUAGAUAAAAGGAUUGGGGUCGAAACUGCUCAUUGGAAUGGAGAGAUUCAAGACACUCGAAAGGAACCAAACUGUUUAUUGUAUUUCUGGUUGUUUGUGUGUAAUUUGCUUCAAUUUCUUUUAGUUGUAAUUGUAACUCUUUUUUGAGAGUUUUUCUCAGGAGUAGGGUUGAAUAUAAAUUCAGAAAUUCAUAUCACAAGUUUGUUGUUUUGGCCAUUUCUAGUUUCCUUAAAAUAAAAUGUUGGUGAAGCAAUUUGAGAA